AUGGCUACUUCUAUAACAAUCAUCUCUUCACCAUAUCAUGUUGGUUUGCGCGAUCAUCGCGUCGGCAAUGGCCCGCACCGCAUCCGCUCUCUAGGCGUCAUCGACGAGCUCGAAAAACUGGGCAUUCGGAUUCAUAUCACCGAGAUCGAGCCAGUGGACAACUACGAGGGCGAAAUAGGAAGAAGCUUCGAAGUUAUGCGACGUAUCUCGAAGGCCGUCACUGCCGCCGUGUCAGGCAACAGCUUCCCGCUCAUUCUGUCGGGGAAUUGCAUGGCCAGUGCCGCCGUAGCUUGCGGCUUGGGGAUCAAAGAUCUUGCAUUUAUAUACUUCGAUGCUCAUGAUGAUCUUGACUCGCCAGACGUCAACGAAAACGGCUAUUUCGACGCUAUGGGUCUUUCUAUGCUUCGAGGAGAAAGCUGGAAUGCGUUUAUGAAGACUAUUCCGGGCUAUGAGCCGUUUUCUUACGAUCGUUUUCUAUAUUGCGGCCUACGAGACCAAUCUGAGGUCCAGAGGCAGCGCGUUAUUGAUGCCGGGAUGCAUUCAGUAUGGGGCAGUAUUGAACGAAAGGUCGACUUUGCGAAAGAAUUUGAAGCCCAGCUUGACAAACGCUCUUACAACCAAGCGCUGGUUCACCUUGACCUUGAUGUCUUGGAUGAAUCGUAUGGUAAAGUGAAUGACUUUCCAUCGCCAGGAGGACUAUUUGAAGACGAGUUGGUGGCUUGUAUGGGAAUGUUACCCAAUAAAGCGGUUCCAAAGUCACUGACUGUUUGUUCGUUCGAUCCUAAUUCAGGAGAUGGCGAUAAGAUUGCUCAUAUUGCCAUCCGGGCGAUCAAGACCUUUUUCCAGUCUCUUAUUGAAGCAAAUGCCUUAGUAACAAAGUCUUAG